GGUGAUCAUUUCUUACCCAUCCAAGAAGAUUUUUCAACUAUUGCUUGAAGGUGAACUCACAACUCAACUAAAUUGUAAAGUGAAGGUUAAGCCUACAGGAAAGGUUAUUUUAUUUCUAUUCUAUCUCGAUGGUUUCUGGAAACAAAUGCCGAGCAGAAUAGAGGAAUUGAAGAAAGUUAUAAUGGGAAAAGCAUUAUAUUUCGCGAAAAACUGCUACUGUGAGGGUCACUGUCCAAAUGAACAGGUCAAUGGGACUUGCGAAAUCAGACCAGGGGGCAUGUGCUUUGCAUCCGUUGAGGCUGCUGUUGACGACGAUGGUUAUGAGUACCCCAUAUACACUUAUGGCUGUUUAUCUGCGGAUGAAGGUGGCCUCAUGCAGUGUAAAGGCCACUUAGUGCCUCACCUUGUGCCUAAGUCGAUCCAAUGCUGCGAUGACACCAACCAAUGCAACCGCAACCUCAAACCGUUCUACCCAGAGCGACCCACCACGGAAGCGCCCACUUUCAACCAGUUCAACAACCUCCCCUACAUAGUCCUACUAACCUCGGUGACAGUCUGUCUGACCAUCUUCCUACUGGUAAUCGCCAUCAUAUACAAGAAGUACAACAGGAAAGAUUUCCAAAGAAAACACAACCUAUGCCCCAAGAACUAUCCUGUCAAGUACUCCAACAUGGAAGUGCACGGUCCCCUAUCGAACCUUCUGGACCAGUCUAGUGGUUCCGGUUCAGGCCUCCCCAUCCUUGUCCAGAGAACAAUCGCCAAACAGAUCCAGAUGGUGCAAUCCGUAGGCAAGGGUAGGUACGGAGAAGUCUGGCUGGCCAACUGGAGGGGCGAGCAUUUUAAAUAUGUGUUCUUCACCACCGAAGAGCAGUCUUGGUUCAGGGAAACCGAGAUCUACCAGACGGUACUGAUGAGACACGAUAACAUCCUGGGUUUCAUAGCGGCAGACAUCAAAGGCACCGGUUCUUGGACCCAGAUGUUGCUGAUAACCGAUUACCACGAUCAUGGAUCCUUGUACGAUUACUUACAGACACACGUGUUAGAUCCAAACUCCUUGCAUCUGAUGGCCACCAGCAUAGCCAGUGGACUGUCCCACCUACAAACCGAGAUAUUCGGAACAAGAGGCAAACCUGCCAUAGCCCACCGAGACAUCAAAAGCAAAAACAUCCUGGUGAAACGCAACGGAGAGUGUUGCAUCGCAGAUUUCGGCCUAGCCGUAAAGUAUCUAAGUGACACAAACGAAAUCGAGGUUCCCCCAAACAUACGAAGUGGAACUAGACGAUACAUGGCCCCGGAGAUCCUCGACAGAUCCAUCAACGUGAAGAGCUUCGAGGCUCACAAGAUGGCCGAUAUGUACGCCUUCAGUCUGGUCCUGUGGGAGAUGUCGAGGAGGUGUGUCACAGGGCAUAAGAUCUCGACAGCCGACGAAUACUGUGUGCCAUACCACGAUUCUGUGCCUAGUGAUCCUGACUUUGAUGACAUGCUGGACGUGGUUUGUGUCAAGAAGAUACGGCCGAAGAUACCGCUGCGUUGGGAUUCAUACGAGAUGUAACAGAAAUAGCUGAGGUAAAGACAGCUGAAGAGAUUAAGAAUCAGUCUGAUGAAAUAGUUCAAGUUGACGAAACCAUGGAUGUUGAUGUUUCGUCAUCAAAAGUGAAUUUAAAAAGAUUGAGAAACAAAGAUGGAGCAUACCCAGUUUGGUUACAUCCUAGGAAAAUUCCCAAAAA